AUGCUCCCAUUCCUCCUAGCAUCAUUGACUGUCCUUCCGACUGCUUUUGCGGCAGCCGGCUCCCCUGUAUCCUCAACAGAUAUACAGGGUAUUGUGUGCGGCAUCCAAACCUACGGGAAAGCGGCCAAUUGGCCUCAGUCCGACUUGAACACUGUCCAGGAUACGCUGGCGCUGACCAUCGAUGACUUUGUCCCACAGCCACCUACGCCAACCUCCACUUCAUCCAGUGCAUCAUGCACCGUCACGGCGUACGCCGACGUAGCGACCGCCAUCAAGACGUGCACCGACAUCCACCUGCGCGACAUCACCGUCCCCGCUAAAAGCACACUCGAUCUUUCCAAAGCCAAAGCAAACUCUGUCAUCACUUUCGAGGGUCGUACCACUUGGGGCUAUGCUGCCUCAGACUGGGAUAUGCUGAAGCUUGGCGGAACAAAUAUCACCGUUCAAGGUGCACCGUGCUCCGUGAUCGAUGGCAAUGGCGCUGCCUGGUGGGAUGGUCAAGGAAGCAAUGGCGGCGUCGAUAAACCAGACCAUAUGAUAGUGGCUAGCAAGUUGCUCGGGAACUCCGUCAUCAAGAAUCUAUAUGUCCUGAACGCUCCGACGCACGUCUUCGACAUCACUGGCGCCUUUGGUCUAUGGGUGAAAGGUGUUGUCAUCGAUAUGAAGGACGGAUACAGCGUCCUAUCCAACGGACUCCAGGCAGGUCACAAUACGGAUGGGUUCGAUAUCUCCAGCUCGACCGAUAUGCUUGUCACGAACAAUGUCGUGUUUAAUCAGGAUGACUGUGUCGCGGUUACCUCAGGCGGUGGCAUCGUGACGACGAACAUGUUCUGCAACGGCGGGCACGGCUUAUCGAUUGGCUCCAUUGGUGGCAAGUCCAACAACACGGUAAACGGCGUGAUCUUCAGCAACAGCAAGAUUCUGAACAGCCAAAACGGCGCACGCAUCAAAACCAACUCGGGGACCACUGGAACCAUCAAUAACGUCACCUACUCCAACAUCCAGAUCUCCAACAUAUCGAUUUACGGCAUCGACAUCCAACAGGACUACCUGAACGGCGGUCCGACGGGCGUUCCGACGAACGGCGUGACAAUCACAGAUAUCUUUAUGAGCGACAUCACCGGCACCGUUCAAUCCGCCGGCGAGAACUACUACCUGCUUACGGCCAGCGACACGAGUGCCUCAAGCUGGAAGUUCUCGAAUCUCGCGGUAACUGGAGGACAUAACAGCACAUGCCUCGUCAAACCGUCCGGUUUCUCUUGCUAG